CUAAAUUACAACAUUCAUCGUUUGGAACCUUAGCCCCGGGUUCAACUUGGAUUCUAGCGCGCAACUCUUCAGGGCAUGAACUUGGUGGGACAUGGAUCGUUCAUGGAUAAAUAUUCCAAAUAAAUUGUCAACGGAAUACGCAAGUGGUAUUGAUGAAUUUGUAAGUGUCGCAAGUCAGUGUAUAGACUCUAAAGGUACAGUGCUAUGUCCUUGUUCUCGAUGUGUGAAUAAGCAAAAACAAAAUCUCAAAGUGAUUAAGUUACACUUACUUACACAUGGCUUUUUGAGAAGUUACAAGAUUUGGUAUCAUCAUGGUGAGCUUGGAGAUGAUAUAGAAGGAGUAAUCUUUAAUACUCCAGAUGAGCAUGAAAAAGACCAUCACGAUGAUUUGGCCGCAGGUCUUAGUGAUGCCAUCAAUAGUAAGUAUUUUGAUAUUGGUCCAUCUAGUGAUUUUGUUGAUGAUCCUUCGGUUAAUGUGGGUGACAAAUAUGAUGCUUUGUUUGAAUCUCUUCACAAGCCUUUGUAUGAUAAUUGUAAGGAUUUUUCUGUCCUAAGUGUUGUGGUGAGGUUAAUGAAUAUUAAAGUGGUUAAUAAAUUAUCUGAUAAAGCAUUUGAGGAUAUUAUAAAGUGUUUUAAAGAGAUGUUGCCUGAGGGUAAUAAUUGUCCUGAAAAUUAUUACCAAACAAGAAAACUUCUUUGUGAAGUAGGUUUAGGAUAUGAGCAAAUUGAUGUAUGCCGAUAUGAUUGUGCCAUAUUUUAUGGUGAUAAUUCAAGUGCUUUGUCAUGCCGGACUACUCGCAGUACCAGAAAAAUACCAGCAAAAGGCACAAAUGGUCAUACCAAUGAGGCAAAUGUCAAUACUUACUCUGAUUCUCAGCCUGUACAACCUAGUGUGAAGAAUCCAUUGGCUGCUGAAAUUGAUACUAAUCCAGGAUCUGAUCGGAAAAUUAACCCACGUAAAGCAACUCGUGGCAUGGCCACUUCGAAAAUUGCUAAGGCAUCCGCAACAGGAAAGUUGUCAGUUGUUUUUGAUGCUGAUUGUCGCCAACCAAUUUGUAAUAAUGCAGAGAGAUUUAAUAAUGAAAUCGGGUUUAUUAUUCGCAAUCAUGGCACAUUUGGUUAUAAAGAUUGGAGACUAGUUCCUGAGGAGGUGAGAGCACCACUACGAUGCUAUCUUCAGGAGAAUUUCGACAUUGACUUGCGAGAUAAAACAACCAAGUUGUGCAUUGAUGAGCAGAUGCGAAAAGCUUGGAAGGGGUACAAGUAUAAGUUACAUUCAUAUUUUAAACGCAUUGGAGGUAUAAAAAAUGUUGAGAUAGCGAAAAAGAAGAGAUAUCCAGACUUAAAUGAGGAUCAACAACAAGAUUGGGAGACCUUAUGUGAUCAAUGGUGUUCAGAAAAGUUUCAGGAAAGAGCAAAUAAGAAUAUUGAAAAUCGAUCCAAAAGACAAUGGGAGUCUAAAAAUGGAUCAGUAUCUACCCCAAGACAUCAUAUUCGACGUGGGAUGGCAUUAGAUUCUUUGUCCGGACAUAUUGAAACAUGGCGCCUAAAGCAUCGAGAUGAAAAUGGAUGGACUGGGCUUAAUCUUCAGAAAUUAUAUGAUCAGAUGAUAUCUUUAAGGGAAGUUUAUUCUCUUGAGGAAUUGUCGGAUAAAGAAAUUAUGGAAGCAGUACUUGGUCGUCAUUCGGUAUAUUUGCGAGGAUGGGGACGGAGUAGUAAAACUAAUAAUGAAGGUCAUCAAACUACAACCGAGUCUACCCAACCAAGUUACCAGGAGUUAGUUGAACAGCUUAAUGAUGCCAAUAAUCGUCUCGAUGAAGUUGUUUCCGUAUUACGUCAAAACAAUCUCAUGCCGCAACCAAAGACAUCUCCAACUAAAGAUUCAGAUGUUAAUUCUGAAAAUUUAGAGUGAUUUACUUUCUGAUUGUUGGAAUUAUAAACCUUUUUUACUCUUUAGUACUUUAGCUUUUCUUUAAGCUAUACAUGUUAAAAUAAUUAUGUAAUUUUUGAUUGUUUAUUUGAUUAAAAUUUUAUUCUCGAAUUGUACAAAAGAAUACUUAUAUAUUAAUAUAUAAGAAAUUAAGGUGCCA